GACGGCAAGCUGUGCGCCACUGCGGCAGGCGCCGUCGAGGACGGCGAGGUGAAGCGCGUCAUCCUCACUUUCUCAGGCAGGGUGCGCGUCUCCAGCGGCAGCGAGAUCUGGAGCCGCGUCGCUGAGGUCAUGAGCGCGGCGGGCGCGAACAUCGAGAACGCGGGAGGCACCUUCGUGCAGAUGCAGCAGCGCCUCGGGGGCGGCGCUGGGCGCGAGGGCGCCGGCUUCUCGGUGAGCGCCUUCGGCGCGUGCAUCUCGCCGUCCGAGGCCAACGCGAGCUCUCAGGUGGCGGCCGACGGGGACGGGCAGGAGGACCUACUCGGCUGCACCAUGUGGCUCAAGGCCACCCUUCCCAGCUCCCACGUGAACAAGAUGAUGCAGUCGCUGCAGACGGGGAGCCCGCUGCAGGCGAAUGUUCCCGGUGGCGUGGUGACGAACGCUGAUUUGAUGAAGUUCAUGAUGGGCAUGAACAAUACGGUUGGAGGCCGGUUCAAGAGAGUGCAGGAUACCUUGAAAAAGGUAGACUCCAAGGCUGACGACGCCCCUGAGGCGGCCAGGCGUGUGGAGAAGACGGCGGCGGAGGUAAUGAUAUUGGCGCAGUCAGCAGCGCUAGGUCGCAAGGACAUGCUGUCGCGGCCCCUCCUGGUCAUGCGCGCCUGCGUGGACGCGCAAUGA